AUGCAUUGGGGGAGCUUCCUGCGUGGCUUGCUGCAGAGCCAGGCAGCACGUCCUCCUUGCUGCCCGCACCCUGCCCGAGUGGUGUGGCUGUCAGGGCACCCGGCCGAUCGCUCUAUGAAGAGCAACGCGGCUGGUGGAGAGGCACUGAGGUGGAGUGUUCGAAGCUUGACAGCCUGCCUGCUGCAGUCGGAGCUGGUGAAUUACGAGCGGGUGCGCGAAUACUGCCUGAAAGUGCUGGAGAAACAGCGCAGCAACUUCAAAGCCACGUACCGGGCGGGCAUCGCCUGCUACCACCUCGGGGACUACGCCCGCGCCCUCCGCUACCUGCAGGAGGCCAAGAGCCGGGAGCCCGCAGACACCAACGUGCUGCGCUACAUCCAGCUGACGGAGCUGAAGAUGCUGCGGGGGGGCCAGCGGGCCGGCUACCAGGAGCUGAUUGCGUAGGGCCGGGGCUCCCCCGCGCAGGCCGGACACGGGCCCCCCGGGCAGACGCUCUAUGUCCCACUUUCUGCUUUCAGCCUGUUUCCUUCCCCCUCCGUGGAGGUGGCUGGGGGGGCGGCCCUGGGGCCGUGAGUCCCACACGCACAACGCCCCGGUCCCCACGGACCUGCCCAGUUCUAGCCCCACAAUGAGGGGCGGGGGGUCUUCCUGCCCCCGCUGCUGGAGUGAACCCCCCAGCCCAUGGCAGCAGCCUGUGGGCUGCUCCAGUCAGCGCCGGGGGGGGGCAGGUUCUCUCACCCCUGCCCCCCAAGUCCCCAUAAAUUGACCCCGUAGCAUCAGGCAAAUUGUCCCCUGUGGUUUGGGGGGGCAUAUCUGUGGGAUGGGGGAACACCCAAGCAGCCUGGGGCUGGUGGCAGCCCCUGGUCUGUGGGGACCCCCCCCAGCCCCACAGUGGAGUUUGGUGAGGUGGGACCUGCCUUCCCCCAGGGUUAUCAUGGUAUCAGGAGCAGUGGUGGGAUGGGGGGUGUCUGCAGGGCCAGGGCCCAACUCCCCCUGCACCGGUAAACCCCAAGGGGCCUGGGGCUUGGCAUCCCCCAAGACCUCCAGGUACCCAUGGGGGUGGGCUAGCACGGAGCCCUUCCCGUCACCCCCACAUGCCCCCUAAUGCAGGGGGCAGAACCCACAGUGCGGCUGUGUGACCCCCCACUGCCAGCUGCUGCCCCCCUCCGUGGGGCUGAGGGCAACCCCCCCAUUUCACAGCAUGCCAUGGGGGCCCUGGGCUCGCUGCCCUCCUGUACUCCCCCCCCACUGCCUGCCAGGGAACCCGCUCCAUGCCAGGGCUGCAGCCUGCCCCAACAUGGGCUGCGUGGGAUCCCAGGGCCAGGGCCCGGGCCCAGGCCCAGCCCCACCCCCAGCAGCCCUUCCACC